UGCUGAAAUGCCUCAGAGGGUAGAGGAGCCUGACUGUUACCUUUGAGCAAACAGCGUUGUGGAUGAAAGUUUCUGCACACAAAAAAGUUCUUCAAUACGGUUCGCGAUGAGUUGGAGGAACUGAUACGUUGUUUUGGACAUCUUGGACGCGGGUGUUGUUCGGGGUUUUUUAAGUUUAGACAGCUAGCGCUACGCAGACGUAUGCUAACGUUAGCAUAGCCUGCUAGGUAAAUAUUACGGGGUUUCCUGCAUCUGCGUCCACUUGUCAAUAUAGGAACCGUGGCGUUAGUGGACAUUGUGUCACGUUGUUUUAUUGAUUAUAACAGCAGGCUGUAGCUCCAACGAGAUGGGUGGAUUUGUGUUUCGUUACACACAAAGCUAACUGGCUAUGGUUAGCAUGUACGAAUGCUAGCUGACGUUAGCUAACGUUGCCGAGCCAGCCAGCAACUUCGGCAGGAGAGUUUCGGCGAGCUAACAACGACACUAUUGUCGCCCACAAGCAACCUCUGCCGCUGAAAGCAGUCAACCCGCAACCAUGUUCGAAAUGGAGACUCAUAUAUCGUGCCUUUUCCCGGAGAUCCUGGCCAUUAUUUUCAGUUAUCUGGACGUUAAAGACAAAGGAAGAGUAGCCCAAGUGUGCGCGGCCUGGAGGGACGCGUCCUACCACAAGUCUGUGUGGAGGGGGGUGGAAGCCAAGCUCCAUCUGCGGAGAGCCAACCCGUCUCUGUUCCCCAGCCUGCAGACCAGGGGGAUCAAAAAAGUUCAGAUUCUCAGCCUGAGGCGAAGUCUGAGCUACGUAAUUCAAGGGAUGCCGCACAUCGAAAGCCUUAACCUGUGUGGCUGUUUCAACCUGACAGACAACGGACUCGGUCAUGCCUUUGUGCAGGACAUCCCAUCCCUGCGGGUGCUGAACCUCAGCCUUUGCAAACAGAUCACGGACUCCAGCCUGGGCAGGAUUGCCCAGUACCUCAAAAACCUGGAGGUGCUUGAACUCGGGGGAUGCAGCAAUAUCACAAACACCGGCCUGUUGCUCGUCGCCUGGGGCUUGCACAGACUCAAGAGCCUGAACCUGCGCAGCUGCAGGCAUGUGUCCGAUGUGGGCAUCGGUCACCUGUCCGGCAUGACCCGCAGCGCGGCGGAGGGCUGCCUGUCCCUGGAGAAGUUAACCUUGCAGGACUGCCAGAAGCUGACCGACCUUUCCCUGAAACAUGUCUCAAAGGGCCUAAACAAGCUCAAAGUGCUCAACCUCAGCUUCUGCGGAGGGAUAUCGGAUGCAGGGAUGAUCCACCUGUCGCACAUGACCCACCUGUGCAGCCUGAACCUGCGGUCGUGUGACAACAUCAGUGACACGGGGAUCAUGCAUCUGGCCAUGGGCUCCCUCCGGCUGUCUGGACUCGAUGUCUCCUUCUGCGACAAGAUUGGAGACCAGAGCCUGGCGUACAUCGCCCAGGGGCUGUAUCAGCUCAAGUCCCUCUCUCUCUGCUCCUGCCAUGUCAGCGACGAUGGCAUUAACAGGAUGGUACGCCAGAUGCACGAGCUCAAGACUCUCAACAUUGGACAGUGCGUGAGGAUCACGGACAAAGGGUUGGAGUUGAUAGCUGACCACCUGACCCAGCUGACAGGGAUCGAUCUGUACGGUUGUACGAAGAUCACCAAGAGGGGUCUGGAGAGGAUAACACAGCUCCCGUGCCUUAAAGUGUUAAACCUGGGACUGUGGCAGAUGACUGAGAGUGAGAGAGUGAGGUGAAGUCUCUCCAGUGUAGUAUACAUCUUUCAUUGUGUAUCGUGCUCAGUUGUAUACUGAGGAAGGCUGUCUGUCUCUCCACUCUUAAUUUCACCUUCUAUGCUGUGACUAAAAACAAGGAGAGGGACUCCGCAUCGAUCACUGGGAUAUUGUUCACCUCCACCUGCAAUACUCCACUUUUGGUUUCAGUCUCGCUCUCCUCUGAUGUGCAUCGUUUAAUCUCAGCCUGUGUACAGUUCUUACUCUCUAGCUACCUCGCCCAUUAAACACAGGAGUGCCUACUAUCGCUGAAUACUAAAUUACAUAUUUUUGUGACUCGCAUACCAAUGGGGAUUUAGAUAUUUAAAAAGAAUCUCAUUGCAGAAUAAUAGCUCGGCAUUUUAACUCUUAACAGAAAGUCAAAUUUUGAUAGAAUGGUUUGUUUGUUUUUUGGCUGAUGUAUUUUUUACUUGUGUAACCAAUAUUUUUUUGUAUUGAGUGAAAAAAUUGUACUUCAAAUUGAAGUGGGUGGAUCACUCCCGUCUGUCGGUUUACCUGUGUAUAGUUGGCUAUGUUUCAUAUUCCUGAGGAAGUAGGUGUGUAUCAGAUGUUCCGGUAUGCUACUCUGUCAAAGGUUCAUCCACACAUCUACAGUAAGGCGUAGUAAUUAACAGCUGCCAAGGCUAUAUGCAAUACCUUAAAACUGUUUUAUCAGUGGUCUUUCUCCUGAGGAGCUUCCAACGAUAGUGUCAGAGUAUUUGUUUAAAAAAAAAAAAAAAACAGUAAUUUAAGAUUGUUUUAUAUUCAUACAGUAGUGAUAUUUAUGAAUAAAGAUGGCAAAUAUAUUUCAUUUUUUUGUGUUUACUUGUAGAAUUUGUAACAUUUUUACUAACUAUUUGAUUUAUAACUGUGACUGUAGAUCUUUGUGCAGUUUAGGGUUCCUCUUGCAGUGUCUCUCAUCUGUAGAACAAGUCUUAAUAGCUACGUUUAUAUACUUGCACACGAUAUUCAGAAGAAUACAUUUUUGAUUUCUUACUUUUUAAUAUCCCCAUUUCUUGAAAUCUAGAAUUAAUUAUGUGAUUAAGAUGAAUAUUAUCUUAAUCAUUUCAUAGCAGUUAAUACCAAAUCAACUUGUGCAUCUGAAGGGAGUUCUCACCUCAUCCAUGUUUACCAAACCGACAUCUAAACGUCAGAUAUUUUGAGAAAUGUAUUUACACUUGGAGAACUAAGUCGGUUCCUAUUGAACCCAACUGGCACUAGAAACGACCUCAAACAAAGCACAGCUGUGUCCCAGAACUUGGAUUCAAAGCCCCAUUUAGCAAAUUCCCCCCCCGCGUAGCUACCCUUGAGCAAGAUCUCAGGGUCCUCGUAUAUAAUCUGAAUGUAAUCCAUGUUCUCAGUGAGUUUGUGGGGACUCCAGGCUGUAACUACCAACUCCACUUGAGAGAAAUAUUGUAGUUUUGUUUAGAAUAAUACAGGCACUACAGCCUAAAACUACCAGAUGCAACAACUUUCUCUUUAACAUUUAAAUCACCUUUAGAACAGCUGCAAAUGUGAAAUCAGUUGGAGGCGUCUCCUUUAACCUGGUUAAAGCAUAUUCACACGUUUACAAUAUUAGACAACGGUGUUUACCUGACU